AUGACGCCUCGACGAAAGUCGUCUGUCACCAGCAACUCUCAAGAUCACCUUUGGGGCAUCCGCGCCGUCCUCGCAGUGCAGAGCUUCGCGUGGCUGUUCUUCAAGGUGUUCAACCCGGCGCUGACAAUCCCAAGCGACAUCCCGUAUCUCGAAGAAACAUCCCCUCAUUACCAAGUUCUCAUUCGCAAGAUCUUGUCUCCUCUUCUCUGGGAUGAAUCCUUCAUCUUCUGCUUCUUCAUCCUCUUGUCCGCCCGCACCGUCGCCGUCCCCUUCCUGCGCAAUGUCUCAUCCUCGACUUACGCUCGCUCCCUGAUCUCUCGCCCUAUUCGCAUGGGCAUCCCCCUUGCCGUUGGCCUUGCUCUCUCAUGCAUCAUCUUCAGCACAAUCAACACACAAUACCUCGAAGAGUUUGCCACACUGAACGGAAACCCCUAUCUGCGUGCACCCGAGAAGCCUGCUUCUGCUUUGGCUUGCUUCAACAGCAUUUGGGACCUUCUGUGGGUGACCAGAGAUUACUCGAUGCAAAUGGGUAACUUGGCCUUCCCCAGUUGGACUCUUUGGGUACCCAGUGCCAUCUAUCUGCAGUCGUACACUGUCUACAUCUUUAUGGUUGUCUUGCCUUACAGCAGACCCUCUUGGCACGUCAUCGGACUCUUGAUGUUCGCAUUCGGCUCCUGGUGGUUCAACUCUUGGGGUUGGUACUCGGCCACUGGCCUCUUCCUCGCCGACAUUGCCAUCAACCCUCCCUUGCGCACCGCCUUCUUCCGCGGCUGGGUCAAUCAGAAAGACACGGUGAGAAUGCCUUACUGGGCUUUGGCCAUGGUCUUCCUCGGUAUCGGUACUGGACUCAAGUACAUGUGGACCGCCGGCCUUCCAGGAGACUUCUGGAGUGGCGAGGCUCAUGCUCACCCGGCUAGAUACCUCGGUGGCAGCAGUUUUGGCUACUUUGACGGCACCCAGCCUUACCCUCGUAUGGACAACUGGCUCGUAAUUGUCGGUAUUUUACUUCUCAUCGAGUACAGCGAGGCAGCCCAGAAGAUUCUUGGUAACGCUUUCUUCAAGGCUGUAGGAAAACGCGCAUUGAGUUACUACCUCGUGUCCACUCUCCUCAUGUACACCGCUGGCAUCAAGAUUUUCCUUCGGUGCAACGUCAACGCCGGCAUCAGCUCUGCUGGAUCCAAAGCAGCCGUCUUUUUUGCAAUUUUGCCCCUGUCCAUCAUCGGCGGAGAGAUCUACCACCGCGCUUUCGACAGACCCGCCUACUGGCUCGGCCACGCAGUCUUUGACUGGACCAGAAAGUAG